CUAACUGCGAACAUAGCGAACGCAUUGCGACCAACUCUAAUGAGUAGACGCUACUUCAUUUAUCAUUAGCUGACAUACACAGUAAGUCACCGGACAGCGGCAAAUUAAGACGUAGCAUUAGACCUGGUCGAGCAAUUCAAUUAAGCCGAAACAGCACUCCAACGUUUGUAAGAGAGAUUGAUUAGUGUAAUGGCACCGCCACCACCACCACCACACGGCGGACCACCUGGACCGCCACCGGGACCACCACGGCGACCAUUAGUUAAAGUGGAAAUUAUACCACCGUGGCGACGACGCCAUCAUCACCAUCACCACCACCAUCACUCACCGCCGCCGCCGCCACCGCCCAGCCAGCCGGUCGUUGUGGUAGUACCAGGGCAGCCACAGCCGCCACCGCCACCGCCACCAUACGGCGGUGGUUACUAUCCACCGCCACCACCGGGGCCUGAUUCACACUACCACAAUCCGCCGCGUUAUUGAGAAAUUCGGUAGAAGUCAAUUGGAACAAUUUAGUGUUUAAGUGCUGUUUUAAAGGAAAUAUAUAGUAAGACACUUUGUGUGGUGAAAUAUGCAUUUUUAUAGUACUUAUAUACAUAUG